GCAGAGAAGACGGAGCUGACGGCAGAGGCAGAGGGAAAGGCAGGCUGGCCCAUGGCUGAAGCCUCCAUCCCAAAGCCGGGGGAAGAAGCAGAAGCCACACCUUGCCCCAGUGUCCUGCAGCUCGAAGAGCUCCUGAGGGCAGGGAGAGCCUCUUGCAGCCGUGUGGACGAAGUCUGGCCCAACCUUUUCAUAGGAGAUGCGGUGACAGCAAAUAACCGCUUUGAGCUGUGGAAGUUGGGGAUCACCCAUGUGCUGAACGCCGCCCAUGGGGGACUCUACUGUCAGGGAGGCCCUGACUUCUACGGCAGCAGUGUGAGCUACCUGGGGGUACCAGCACACGACCUCCCUGAUUUCGAUAUCAGCACCUACUUCUCCUCAGCAGCUGACUUCAUCCACCGUGCCCUCAACACACCGGGGGGUGCUCGUGCACUGUGUGGUGGGUGUGAGCCGCUCCGCCACACUAGUCCUGGCUUACCUCAUGCUACAUCAGCAGCUCUCCUUACGGCAGGCAAUCCUGGCGGUAAGGCAGCACCGAUGGAUCUUCCCCAACCGUGGUUUCCUCCGCCAGCUCCGCCAGCUGGACCAGCAACUGCGGGGUGCAGGCCAGAGCUAAGGAACCCGAGCCAGUCAUUAUCCUCAGCCACAAGGCUCUGCCACUUUGUCGCUUUGGCCCUGGCCCUGGCCCUGUUGGCAGCCUUAGCCCAGGUGGAUGCCCACAGGAUGGAAAGGGCCCAGGGUGGGGCUCACCCUCAAACCUGCUGCUUCAUCGGCUUCCUCCAGCGUUCUGCCCACCCUCUCAGCUGCCGGCUUCAGUCUUCACAGAAACAGCAUCAAGUGUGCAGAGACAGGCGACUGGAAGCCGGCAGUCCACGUUGUCCGUCAGAGAAGACUACAGCCUGGACAGGAUCUCCUCACAGGAUGGACUCACUGCAGAAGCAGGACCUUCGGAGGCCUAAGAUUCAUGGGGCGGUCCAGGUAUCCCCCUACCAGCCACCCACGCUGGCCUCUCUGCAGCGGUUGCUGUGGGUCCGUCGGACCGCCACACUGACCCACAUCAAUGAAGUCUGGCCCAACCUUUUCUUGGGAGAUGCGUAUGCUGCCCGAGACAAGAAUCGUCUUAUCCAACUGGGCAUCACCCAUGUUGUGAAUGUCGCUGCGGGCAAGUUUCAAGUGGACACGGGUGCCAAGUUUUAUCGCGGAACACCUCUGGAGUACUAUGGCAUUGAAGCUGAUGAUAAUCCCUUCUUUGACCUCAGUGUCUACUUUCUGCCUGUUGCUCGAUACAUCAGAGAUGCCCUCAACACUCCCCGAAACCGCGUGCUGGUCCACUGCGCCAUGGGGGUAAGCCGCUCGGCCACGGUUGUCCUAGCCUUCCUCAUGAUCUGCGAGAACAUGACGCUGGUCGAUGCCAUCCAGACGGUGCAGGUCCACCGAGAUAUCUGCCCCAACUCGGGCUUUCUCCGACAACUCCAGGUUCUGGACAACAGGCUGAGGCGGGAAACGGGGCGGCUCUGACUCGGGGUGCCUGAAGCCCUGACCCCUCCAUCCAGCGUGGUCCAACCUGACAUGCCUGGCCCUGGGGAUGACAGUCUCUGCUGUUUCCAGAGACCCUGACAUGUUACCAGCAAGUCAGGGCUCCAUUGAGGCAGAGGCAGGGCUGGCUGGGUGGGUGGCACUUUCACCCUGACCCAAUACCGAAAUUCUUUAUGCCGAAGAAAAUUCAGUCUGUCUCUAUAAUAAAAGG